GGGCACGGUUGCUAAGAGACGGCGCCCGAGCGGCCUUUCUGAGGAGCAGCCUCAGCAGUAGCCGCGAAGAAGCGGCGGCGGCGGCGGCCGGCCAGGCCAGGCUGGGCCGGCUCCUCCACCUCCUGCUCCGUCCGGGGGCCGCUUCCCCGCCUCCUCGUCCGGGAAGGACGCCCCCGCCCCAUCCCUCAUGCUGUGGGCGCCGCGGGGCGGGAGCGGCCGCGGCGGGGCCCCCCAAGCAGAGACGCCGCCGCUGCGCCCAGGAAGAGACCGGUGAGGAGGGCGGAGGCUCUGUGCGGCAAAGCGGCCUCCGGGACAGAGAAGAGAUCUUUGAGCUGUGGUUGGGCGCUUACUGUAAACAACAAAUCUGUGUGGUCUGUUACUGAAAAAGGAAUGUUUGUAGCCGCCAUGUAAGCCUGAAGUAUAGAGACCCAAGAUAUGAUUCUGGCACUUUAAGAAAUAUAAGAGACCAGCUUUAACUGGACAUAUUUCUGGCUUGGGGUAUAUCACAGAUCAAACCCAGCCUAGUGAUGUCAACAAGAUGCAGUGGCGUACAACUUCUGGGCUACUUUGGCCAUAAGAGAAAUCUGGCCAGAAGGUGAACGUGAUGACGGCCUGGUCUAUGGUGGAAAGGCUGAAAAUGGAGAAGAGCCGCUCCCAAGAAGAGAGGACUAAAGAGCAAGAUGGUGGGGAUCGUAGCACCGAAUCUGAGGAAUGGACAAGCUCUGAGAGUGAACCUGAGCAGCCUGGCUUCAGGAAUAGCUGCAGCAAGGCACAGUUGAGGGAUAAAGAGAUUUCCCACAAACCACAUCGACAACUUUGCCGCUCUCCUUGCUUGGAUCGUCCGAGUUUUUCACAGAGUAGCCUCCUUCAGGAUUUGAAACCGGAAGAGAAUAAAGCAAACUUGAGUCAAGAAUAUCAAUCUAAACUUGAUUUUGCUUUGAAACUGGGGUAUCCUGGAGAUCAGAUUCAAGCUGUGUUGAACAAGCUGGGGGCAGAUGCUCUUACCAAUGACAUUUUGGCUGAGCUUGUGAGACUUGGAAACAAGGUUGAGAAUGAAGGACAAGCAAGUAGUGGAAAUGCCACUGGUCCUGCAGGUACAAAGGAGGUUGCUAGUCCUGAGCUGUCUCUGGAAGAUGAGGUGGUAGACAGCUCUGACAACUUGAGGCCAAUCGUUAUUGAUGGAAGUAAUGUGGCAAUGAGUCAUGGCAAUAAAGAAGCAUUUUCCUGUCGGGGGAUUCAGUUAGCUGUUGACUGGUUUCUGGAGAAAGGUCAUAAAGAUAUUACAGUGUUUGUGCCUACAUGGAGGAAAGAGCAAUCUCGACCAGAUGCACCAAUUACAGAUCAAGAUAUUUUACACAAACUGGAAAAGGAAAAAAUUCUUGUUUUCACCCCAUCUCGAAGAGUUCAAGGGAGACGGGUUGUCUGUUAUGAUGACCGUUUCAUAGUGAAACUGGCGUGUGAGUCUGAUGGCAUCAUUGUGUCAAAUGACAAUUACCGUGACCUUCAAAAUGAAAAGCCAGAAUGGAAGAAAUUUGUAGAAGAACGGCUCCUGAUGUAUUCUUUUGUGAAUGAUAAGUUUAUGCCACCAGACGACCCAUUAGGACGCCAUGGCCCCAGCCUUGAAAAUUUCUUAAGGAAAAGGCCUGUUGUUCCUGAACACAAAAAGCAACCUUGUCCUUACGGGAAGAAAUGCACCUAUGGACACAAGUGUAAAUAUUACCACCCGGAACGAGCAAACCAGCCCCUGAGAUCCGUAGCUGAUGAGCUUCGCAUCAGUGCCAAAUUAUCCGCUGUGAAAACGAUGAGUGAAGGAGCACUGGCUAAAUGUGGCACAGGAGCAGCCCUUUCCAAAGGGGAAAUAACUUCAGAAGUGAAGCGCAUUGCUCCCAAACGUCAGUCAGAUCCAAGCAUUCGGUCUGUUCCUGUGGAACCCGAAGAUAGACUUUCAAUGGUGCGGAAGUCUGAGGCUAAUUCUGUCCCCUCCCUUGUUUCAGCAUUAAGCGUCCCAACCAUUCCACCUUCCAAAAGUCACGCUGUUGGGGCAUUAAAUACCCGGUCAGCAAGCAGCCCUGUACCUGGUUCAUCUCAAUUCACACAUCAGAAAUCCUCACUAGAACACAUGGCCAGUGUACAAUAUCCUCCGAUCCUGGUCACUAAUAGCCAUGGCUCUUCAAUGAACUAUGCAGAUCAGUACCCAAAGUAUGAGUCUUUGGGGGACCAUGGCUAUUAUUCAAUGCUCAGUGACUUCUCCAAUUUGAGUAUUAGUAGCAUGCAUAGCACAGAUUACUAUGGGGCUGAUGUAGACCAAAGUUUAUACUCAAGAAAUUCAAGCCCCUGUCCAGACAGUUGCUUAAGCCAUACAAGCAAUGAUUCGUACUCCUCAUAUACAGACUUAUAUAUGGGUCUGGGGGAUGGGAGCCCAGAAGACAGUGUGAAGGUUCACCGACUCCCACCUCAAAGCCGCCUUCAGCCUUUCUCCCAUGGUUAUCAUGAGUCCUUAACAAGAGUUCAGAGCUAUAGCCCUGAAGGGUCUAAACAUAUUCACAAGCAUUCACUUUCCCAUUUAGCACUGCACAUCCAACACCCAGUUGUUGGGGCUAGGUCCAGUUGCCCAGGGGACUACCCUGUGCCUCCAAACGUUCACCCAUCAGCCACUACCCAGCCAAGUCGUGCCCUCGUUAUGACGAGAAUGGAUAGCGUUUCUGAUUCGCGUCUUUAUGAAAGCAAUCCCACACGACAAAAAAGGCCACCGCUCUGUCGAGAGCAGCAUGCCAGUUGGGAUCCAUUGCCAUGUCCGACCGAUACCUACCCUUACCAUCCCUACCCACUGAGCAACAACCUCAUGCAACCAUCUUAUGAGCCUGUAAUGGUGAGAAGUGUUCCAGAGAAGAUGGAGCAGAUCUGGAGGAAUCCUUGGGUUGGAAUCUGUGGUGAUCCACAAGAACCACACAUAAUCCCAGAGCAUCAGUAUCAAACCUAUAAGAAUCUCUGUAAUAUUUUUCCAGCUAGUGUUGUCCUCUCGGUGAUGGAGAAGAAUCCCCACAUGACAGACGCACAACAGUUGGCAGCUAUGAUUGUUGCCAAAUUGAGAACAGGACGUUAAUAAAGAUCCUUCAUUUUGAAUUUCUAAAGAUAAAUAAUUGAAAAUUCUGUACAUUCUGGAGAUCUCUAAAAAUGACAGGUGAUAUGCUCUGUUUGUUAAAAGGUUUUAAUUGCAGUAUACAAUUCUGUAUAUUAUUGUAGUGAUUAUAUUUAAAAUAUGCAUGAAGCAUUUUGAAAAAGCAGAUUGUAUAAUAAAUAUGAGUAUUUAAUGAUUUUUAAAGCAGGGAUUUUUGAAAAAGGCAUUUUACAGGAAGUGCAUACCUUAUGCAUGGAUGUAUCAUUUAUUGAAUCUAAAAAGGUCAUAUGUUGGUAUGUCCAAAACAGGUCCUUCAAAACAGCAAUUAUAUUGCAUGACUCAUUGUAUAGUCUUCAGUAUUAACUGACAUAUGUUGCUCCAACAUAACAUUGGGUUUUUACAAUAAACUCUGUGCACUUGGACAUCCUCACAAGCAGAAGCCUGCUCUUCUUAAAUAUCCUUCACAGAACUACAAUAAAACAAGCCCAGUCAGUUGACAUGCCUUGUGUUUCACAGAGGGCUUUUGCACCUAUCUAGUGGCUCCAGCAUGAGGCGGCUUUUGUGGGGAGGCUUAGUUCUCUGGGGAAUACACUUUUUGUGCAGUGGAAAUACCUUUUUGCACAUGAGGAGCAUUGCCCAACCUUGAAGGGAAUGGGGCUGGGGCUGGGAAGCAGUGAAUGUUUCUCUUGGACCUUCUAGAUAGCUUGAGCUUCUGCCCUUUGGGAAAAAGAACAUGGCCGGCUUGUAUACAUGUUAAUAAUUCUCAGCUAAAUACUGUUGUAAUCUUUGCACUGUUACCAUAGGCGUGUACAACACAUUUCAUUAGGGUGUGCACCCAGGGAUUUUAAGUUUUAAGGUGAACAUUUCUUGAAUAUAUACUCAUACUCAGUCACAAAGGACAUUAUUUUUAUCUAUCAAAUUAACUAAGGAAACUAAAACUUAAUUAAACUUACUUUUUAAAAUUAACAACUAAACCUUCCUUUAAAUAUGCAAACAUAGAAAAUGAGGCACAAAAUGCCAAAUCUGUGGUGUAGUGAUUACCAAGUGUAUACAAAAUACAGUCAGUUUUCAUGAUAUGUAUGAGCUAAUCCAAAUUGACCAAAGCAGAUUAAGAUUUUUUCAUGUUCCUGUUGUGUAGAAUGGGACGUUGCCCACCAGAUGUGAGUAACAGGUGGUGAGUGGAGCUCUGACAGAGACAGAGCUCUGAAACAGAAACAGAUACAAGCAGAAAGAAAAGGCUGGAAUGGAUAUGCAACUUCUUCUUGUCCACUUCUAGAGACAAACACAGGCAGACACUGCCUAUACAUUCCAGUUUUAUUCCAGCCUUUUAAUCCUGCCUGUGUCUCCCUUCAUCUGCUUCCCUACUCUCCUCUCUUGCACCUUUGUCUCUCCCUGCCCCACUGCUUCCCCAGUGGCAGCUGAGGGAGCUGGGUUGCCACUCCAUACUCUAUCCUCAUCACAAUCCAGUUUUGUUUUGUUUUGUUCUGCUAAGCACACCAGCAUGCCCUAUGUGCACGCCUAUGGCUUUUACAGAUCAUUACAAUUGGCAUUUCUAGCCUUUUCAGUACAGUCCAGAAAGCAGAGAAGUUGUAGAAUCUGCAAUCUGAAUUCUGCUUUCCUGUUCUUGUGCGUUGACCAAAGACAUGCCGAGAACGUGUGCUGGAGGAUGCCAAUGAACAAAUAUGCAAAGUAGUUUUAAAAAUCCAGUUCAUUUUUAUUAGUGUUGGACAGCAGGCUAGUUUUCAAAUGGGUGCUCUAGAAUUGGGUUUACUGCAAACUUGCUUCAGUUUUGCACUUUGAAAUCCAUGCAAAGGUGAGCAUUUGCUUCCUGGAACUCCCUGUUUGACAGGCCAGAAUCAUCAUUCUAUGGGUGGCAAUGUUUGCACAUGAGUAUCCUUUGCUCCAGGGUGGGCAAUUUAGUAGCUAAAUGUCUCCUAUAAGAGGCAUUUAUGGCGGUGGUGGCUCUUUUGUUUUCUUUUUUAAGGCUGCACUGACUGGACACCCUUUUUAAAUCCAAAUGUGUAUUUCAACAUUUUGAACCACUACUAACUCGAUAUGUCUCGAGCUAGGACUUGUUGACUUCUACUGUAGUUUUUUUUCAUGAAAGUCGAGAAGGCCUGGUUUCUGGCCUUUUGUUUCUUCAUGAGAAGGUGUGACACUGCCUAAAUGUUUCUUACUAUGAAACACACGGAACGUGAGGCUGCAGUCAGGGUUGUUUCUGGUGUUUUGAUAAUGGCUUGCAAGCUGCUUUUGGGUUAUAUGUUGAUCCCAGUCUAAAAAAACCCAAAGGAAACCCCAAGCCCUCUACUUGAUUGAUUGCACUAAUCCUAAAAUGGCUGCUGGUGGCCCAUUUCUAUUUUGUGUUGAGUACACUUCAAGAGGGAUGUGCUUGCAUUAAGUUGGACAGCUCAACAGGUGGUAAUAAUUCUGUCACAUGCUGAUCCAGUCUGUUUGCCUACAACCACACAGGGUGCAGAGUGUUUGGGCUCAGGAUGGGCCAGGCAGUGCCUAUAACAGCAUGCAGCACAAUGGUGGCAAAAGGGUGGGCAAGCAAACUUUGCUAGCUUGCUGUGCUUCUGCUUGAGUGCACAACUGAAGACCCAAGACUGUUGGUAGGUGUUGUCUUGACACACACUUCUAAAUGCAGUACAAGAUGAGGAUAUUGGUUUACCUACAGUAUCUUUGUAAUCUCAAGGUCCCCUGCCUUCAUGAUGCCAUAAUCGGUUUUCAAAAAGUGGUGCGAGUUCAAAUGCUGAGCUCAAAGCGAGUAACAAUAAUCACAGUAGCAUUAAAAAACAUGAAACAUUGCAGUCUAUAUUAUAUCAAAUGCAGUCGCAUGCAGGUAAAGGAAACAACAAAAUCAUACUAAUUGAAACAAUUACUACUAUUCAAUAGUAAUUCAAAAUAUAGGAAAGAGUGGCUGACCACCAGCCCUGUGCCAGAUGGCAUUCUUUGGGAAGGGGCUGCUGCUUCACUCAGUGCAGGGAGCACACUCCCAGGCAUUUAUUUUCAAGUGUUAGAAUACCUGGGGGUCUAAUGAUGAAACACAAAAGUUGCUGCUUUUUCCAGGUAGCUACAGAAAAUUGUUGCUGAAGAACUAGUGGCAAACAGGUGGUUUGUCAUGGUUGCAGGUUGGGUUUCAGCAGGAGGCUGAAUCUGCAUUAGAACAGAAUGGCACACACCAUGUUGGCUUACGGUUAUGUGGGCUGGUGUCCAGAACAUCAAUUGUCCCCUCUCAUCUUUUAAAAGCAAACAGCAGAAAUGCAGAUCAGCCCUGUAGCUUUAAUCUGUGCACCAACAUAACCCUUAAAGAUACCUGCAUUUAAAUCUGGAAAACAUCUUUUAAAAAAAUAAAAUUGGCCAGCUUUUGUCAGAAUGGGAUUCCUUUAUUGUUGCAUUUAUUUUAUACUUCCUUCGUGUGGUGUAAAAGCAGCUGAGAGCAACGCCUCAAAUAUCCAGAAACGACCUUUUGUUUGUUGAUACAAAUUGUAUCUUUCUUGAUUGUAUAAAAAAAAAAUGUACAAAAGCCAUCUCUAGAUUAGCUUAAAUAUUGUAUUUUCAUCACUAUGUUUGUGGCACUGUGUGUCACAGGGGAGUAGCCCAUCACAGAUUAUGAACCUUUUUAUUUAAAAUGGGCACUUAACAAUUUAUAGAAAAAACAAAGGUAACUUUUCAAAUCCACUUUAUUACUAUAAUGUGCACAGCUAGUGUGUGUGUUUAAGAACACUACUCUGCAUAGGUUAUAUUAAGUCUAUUUAUUAAAUGAAUGCAUUCCUGCAAUUGAUAUUUUUUGUAAAGCAUCAGUGUUAAUAAUAUUGAUGUUAAUAUUUGUACAGUUACAGUAAAAUUGCUGUACAUCCUGCUUUUCUUCUUAACAAAAUAACUAUUGUAUGAUUUAGGUCCAAUAAGGAAUUUUGUGUGCUCACAAUUUCUUGCAUGGAAAUCAGUUUCUGUAUGUAUAAAAAUGGAUGUUCUCCAUUUUAUUCCUAUGUUAAGGCAAACUUGCAGGGGAUCUUGGAAGAGUCUUUUUAGCAAACCUAAUGUUGGGCUGAAAUUACCUUGAGAGCUUUUAUUGGGUUCUAAAAUAUUUUACUGUUCCCGUCAGUAAAUGUUUUUUGUUUGUGUGCAUGUGUCAGGAGGUUUAUAUAUUGUUUUGUUCUGUAUUGAAAAACAUUUCAAGCCUUUUUUGAAUGCUUUCUUGGGAAGAAAUAUUGCUGUGAAGUUGAAGUGGUUUACUGUAACACAGCUUUUCCUAAACAAUGGUUCCCAAAUUUUUCUGCUGUACAAGGAAGAAGUGAAUGAAAAUUUUGAAGCAGUAUGCAAAUCUUUUGCCUGUCAAUUAUCUUUCAUCAGUGAAACUUUUUUAUAUAUGUUUCCUUUAUGCCUUGAUCCACUUCUCUUUUUCUCUUUCUCUCUUGGGAGACUUUCCCCAUGCCAGUUCAAAACUGACAUUUCACUGCCUUCAUCUCUUAUUGCAGAAUUUCUUCUAAAAGUAGAAGGGAUGGUAUAAAAACAAGUCACAGUCGCCUACAUUGUAAAUAUAAGACUUUACUUUAAAAUGCUCUUUUUGAGAGUACAGUAUUUAAUUUUUUUAAAUUGUGUACCAAAUAACUACAGAAUAUGUAUCUAUAUAUAAAUUUAAAAUAGCCCAGGUAACAGCAAUCUUUCACUUGUAAAAUAUUUUAAUUUUCUCUUAAUUUAUUAUUGAAGAGUAGUUAAUGUUCAGUUAGGCAACUGAGUUGUGUCUGAAAAACCCAAAAGGUAGGUUAGGAAGCAAUCUUAAGUAAUUUUGUAAAUAUUAAAUGUUGUUCUGUGUUUCUGCUUGUACACACAUAUUUGACUACUAUUAAUCCUAUUGUACUAUUGAGCUGCAGUAUUUCGCUUUUCUUAAUUUGUAGAACUAAACAUAACUGUUUAAUUGUUGUAAAAAUUUAUAAAAUCUCUUUGGGUUUUUUUGUUGACCCAAAUAUAAUGUAAGUCUCAAUGACAAAGAGUGAAGAUAGACUUUACAGCCCAUUGCCCUGGUCCAGCAAGAGCAAUGCAAACAGGGAAGCUGGCUUCCACAAGUGCAACAGAGGCAGGUGGUACAUCAUGAUAGCAAUCUAGACUCCAUUGAAUUAGUUGGAUGUGCUGUUUUAUGCCGAAGAGAAUGCACAUCCCCAUGUCGGGGCAGUGCAGCUACAGCUGGGUCAGGGCCAGCAUGUGGUGUCUGUAAUCAGUGUAAUAUUUUGUGCAAUGUUUUUCUAUACAGCUGCAUGUUUCAGGCAUCCACUGGCAUGGGCAUGUGUGUAAGUUUUGUAAAAAGUUUUAUAUAUAUAUAUAUAUUAAAUGGCUGAGAUAAUCGCCAAAGCAACAUCUUGCAGGGGACAGAAAACAUGCUUUCCCUUUAAAAUGUGAAAAUCAAUGCUUACACAACAGUGGCCCUGUUUUCAUGUAACUGCAAGCCAAAACAAGAAUGAGCAAGCGUGUGGGUACCCAGAGUGAAAAUCUGGUCUUUCAGCUGAUAUGCUACCUGGAGCCAACCUUACCUGCAGCUAAGCCAUAAGUAUGUUGGAUGUGGGUCUGAGCUUUGUGGCCUGUCUUCCCCCAACAAACCAUGAGUGGUAAAGAAAGAACAUACCUUAUAUGUUGGGAGCAAGACAAACCACAUAUAACACUAAGCCAAACUGUGCCUUAGCUCUGGGUAUUGUGGUAGCAGAAGAAUAGGCAGAGUGAAAUGGUUGCGAUUUUCACUAUGGGUAUCUGCUGCUUGCGGAGCCAUAGUUUGGCUUAGUGUUAACUAUGAACCGGGCCUCUUAAGAAUUGUUUUCUUGCAAUUCAGUUGUAGACAUUUCUCUGCAAUACUUAACCAAUGACGUACUGUAGUGACUUUCCACAGGGCCUGAUACCACUCAGCAGCUUCAUAGUACCAAUGAAAAAACAGCCUUUUUUCACUAGAGUGGAUUCCUUAAGAGGUGUAUGGUGUCAGGGCAAGACAAGACAGUGGCACAAAUUUGAACCCAUACUUGUAGGGUUCACUACAGAGAAGUCAUUAGUGCCAAGUUAGUCACUUGGAUAAAUAAUCUGUGAAGUGUUGGUAUAUUUUGAUCUGCCAAAUAAUAGCUUACAAGCAUCACACGUACAGGACUUCUGAAUGUUUUUGUGUUCAGCAUUACAAAAAAUGUUAGAAAUCUUGCCAGAAAUUGUAGUCAAUCAACCACUGCUGAUGAGUCACCAUGUUAGCGUAACUUUAAUAGGAGCUUUACAGAGUCCACUGAAAUAAGUGGAUAGUCAGCAACAGAAAUAAGUGGAUAUUCAGCAAUCACCAAGUUCGUGACUUUGAGGAUCUUUUAAUUUUCUGUGACAGGGCUGCAAUGUAUAUGCGCAUGUGCACACUAGUACAAAUGUCACUGUCAUUUCAUGCUCAAAGAAUGCAAGCACCCAUUUAUUUAUGAAACAGCUUAAUAGUCACUUCCAGCUUGCUUGGAUUUUGACCUUUAAUUUUCUGGUGAGUGGUGUGGGCAGCAAAUAUUUCUGUUUAAAUGCAUCUCAAAGGUGGUUAUGGUGGGGGCGGAAGGGAUCCUUGUUUUCUCCACUCCACCCCAUUAGCAGGUUUUGUGUAGAUGUUUUGUAUCUAGGCAUUUAUAUUAAUGUAUUCAAUAAACUGAGUCACUUGGUCAGUA